AGAGGCAGCCACUAGGAGUCGCAGGAUUCGGGUUUUAAAAAACGCCGGCAAUGAAUCGGCUGAGCGGGCCGUUUGAACCCAAGGGGGCGCAGGUGGCGCUGGAGCAGCCUCCCUGCUGGCACACGUGGCUAGCGCGCUCCUAAGCCUACCCCAGACGCCAGCCUUUACGCCCGAACCGUGAAGGCGGAGAAGAAACCGCGGGGCCGAGACCUUCCGCGCCCUCCAUGGACCCGCCCCGCCGGCGCCGCAAGCCCGAAACUCCGAGGAGGCGCACCGGGAGCCCGGCACCCGGCCCCCGCCGGCGGGGCGCCCCCGCAGGUCGCCGGAGAUUUCUGGUUCUGAAGGAGAUCCGAAAUCUUCAGAAGAGCACACACCUAUUGUUAAGGAAGGCCCCAUUCAGCCGCCUGGCAAGAGAAAUAUGUGUUAAAUUCACUCGUGGUGUGGACUUCAAUUGGCAAGCCCAGGCCCUGUUGGCCCUACAAGAGGCGGCCGAAGCAUUUCUAGUUCAUCUCUUUGAGGACGCCUAUCUCCUCUCCCUACAUGCCGGCCGAGUUACUCUCUUCCCGAAGGAUGUGCAGCUGGCCAGGAGAAUCCGAGGCAUUCAGGAAGGGCUCGGCUGAGAUGCCACCAGUCCCGGGAUGAUACCAGGGACUCUAUCCAGAGCCAGGACCAGAUCCAUGGAGUCCAGCUGCUGCUUGGACUUGCUGUCCAUGAGCAGAGUGUGUGCAUUGCUUUUGUAAUUGGUUUUUUUAAGAAGGAGCAGACUGCAUGGCUUUCCUAUGCAACGGAGGUAAUAUAUAAGAAAAUCAACAUGAUUCCAGAGGCCUGAGCAUUAUUUUCGGAUAAAGAGACUCCAAGCUUGACUUCAGUUUGUAAAUUAUUCAUAUGAUUACGUGGUGAUUCUGAAGACCUCAGAUUUGUUGCGUUAUGGCAGAAAAGGAUAUUUGCUUAUUCUUUUAGAUCUUUGUACCAUUUAAAUUUUUUACCAUAUGUAUAUUUACUUCUAUUUAUAACAUAAGGGGAAAAAUAAGAGAAGACCACUUCUGUCAGUUGCAUGGAAGAGCCUGACAUAUCUCAGCAUACAAAUCUCUGUUCUUCUCUAAGCUUAAUCUUAGUGGUAGCAGCAAGUGCUUAUGGGGUCUGUGCCUGUCAACAAAUUACAGUUGCUCAAAAAUCUCAGUUGGGGUUAAAAUUGAAAAUCUUUUAAGGUUUGAUGUUCUGGUUCUUCCUAGUAAAUUUCUAUCAAAAUCAUUCUAACUUAUAGAAUUUUAUUAUUUGUAAAUCACAGAAGAUGUAUCAUAGUUUAUACUUUAGAAUUUUUCAUUUCAGAAUUUUCAAGUGCCUUUUCAAUGUUUUUACAGGUAUAUUUAUAACUUCUUUGUGGAGAGAUAAUAAAAAUAAUUCUUUAAUGAAAAAAAUUUAAACAGUUACUCUUACAGCAUACAUGUAUAUUUUGUGUGUUAACAUGAAGUUCUUCAUUUGUACACUGUUUUCAAACAACUAACAUUUAAACAAGAGAAUCGUUUUGCCUUCAAUGGAGUAAAGUGAGUAGAUAAAAACCUUGCCCUUCUGUUGUAACUGAAAGCAGUUUAAGAGAUUUCCAAACAAAUAGGAAGUGCCACCCAAAGAUUUUUAGAUUUUUUUUUUUUUAGAUUUGUAUUAAAAUAUAGCUAACAUACAAUAUUAUUAGUUUCAGGUAUACAUCAUAGUU